AUGGAUUAUCGUCGGAAAGUUUACCAUCGAAAUGGAAAUAAUGAGGAUAGAGCUAAACAAAUUCGAGAAAGUAUACGAGUUCGAUCAGCUUCAAGUUAGUUUGAUUUUAUUUUUGAAUAACGAAAAAGCAACAAAAAAAUUACAGAAAAAUUGAGCGAAUCGGUGAAAAAUAAGAGUGAAAGAUUUCGAGAGCGAGAAGAUGUUCAAAAUUUUAUAAAGAAGGCAAAUGAUAUAGCAGGAGGUGAUUAUGACGAAAAAUGUGCAUUUUUGAACACCGUCAAUCGAUUACUUCUUGAAACCAAGUUAGAAGUUUUCACCGAAACAAAUAUUUUUGAAGAUUUGUGUAGCUUGUGAGUAAAAUAUAAUAAUUUCAACAAAAAAAGAAAUUUGGUUUCAGAGUUCUAAUAUUUCUAAAAGACGACCAUCCUUGUAUCCGUGCAAUGUGCUUUCAUAUCAUUCGAAAAUCCUUAUUCCUUGAGAGACAUUUAGUGUAUCUUCUCCGAUCUCAUGUUGAUAUUUAUAUGGUUAGAGCUGUGGAUUUACAAAUUGAAAAUGAGCAAGAGAGAGUUGAAGCAUUUAAAUUGAUUACUUGGAUGAUGAAUACUUAUGAUGGGUCGAAAUUGCAAAUGAUGAUUGAUGAUGCGAAAAUGCAAGCAAAUGGAAAGUGAGGAAUUUUUGGGUUGAAAAUCUAAGUUGUCACGAUUUACCCAUGAAAUUCCUAAUUUUCAGAAAAUAUGCGUUUCCUAAAAGUAUAAUGCAACCAAUCAUUUCAAUUGCUCUCGAUGUUUUUCAAAAAGAAAAAUUGAAAGGAGAAGAUGAUUCUACAAAAAAGAAUGAACCUGUUGAUAGGUGUGUUUCAUUAAUUUUGGUUAUUCAAUGUUUGCAAAAUAGUUAACUUUUCAGAAUGUCGAUGCCGUGUGUCGGGUUAUUUCUUGAAUUCUGUCUAUCCGAACCUGAUUUAAUUCUAGAAAUGGCUGGAACAGAUUGGAUGGUUCGUGUAUUGACUGGCGUUUCAACAUUGAGUCGACGAAUUGUUUUGCUGGUUUCACAGGUUCUUGUGUUCUGGCUAGACAAUCCGCAUAUUCGACAAAAAGCUGAUCUUCAUAUGGUUCUUGAGCAAAUUUUUGCGCCACUAGUGGAAUAUGGAUUGUUUCAGAAGAAGGAUAAUAUGCAAAUUAAGAAAGUGUUAGUUGAAGUUUAUUCUCCUUCUGCUUCUAAUAAUAAUAAAAAUAAUAUUCUAUUUCAGAGAUGAUAAUGUUUAUGAUGUUCUUGAGAAUUUCAAAGCCUCAUUUAUGGUUCUUCUAAGAUCUUGGCCUGGUCUUUUUGCUUGUGCAGCUGUUGGACCGAAUUCAAGUAUCAUUGGAACAUCACCAUUGAGAUUGUUGGAAUAUUUAGGACUAGGAACUGUGGAAAAUGAGAAUCUUGUUCGAAUUCGUGAAAUUAUUGUUGAAAUGUGCUGUGAGUUUGGAGAUUUGCCGUAUUCUAGCAAGAAUUUUGAAUCAUGGGAUGAGGCGCUCGUUUUUUACAGUGAGUUUUUGUUUGUGAAAAGUUUCUAGAUUUAAAAAAAAUUAAAAUUUCAGAAAGUAUGCAUCUACCGGAUAAAUAUAAAUCAUCGUUGAAAAAUGAUUUUGUUGUUGCUCAAAAUGAUGCUCGCAUGAGAAAUGAUGUGGUGGGUUUGGGUUUUGGGAAAAACUUUGAGAUUGAGAAGAACAUUUUCCUUGUAAAAUCGGAAAUUCUGGACAACCAGAAAAUUCAGAAACUUUAGGCAAAACUCAGAAAAACUUAAUAUUUAUAGGACCGCAAAAAGCCAACAUUCGACAUCCAUGCAGCUUUCCGAUGUUUAUCAACAUUUGUUCUCAUCAAUGCAAGUCUUCCACAAUCAUUAGCUCGUCUAAUUCUAGCUCAACCUGAUUCAUCAAGUGGUCUCAAAGCCACUCUUCUUCUUGCUGAUAUGCUUCGAAAUGCUCCAUCACAUGUUCCAGUUGGAUAUCGAGCACCAGUUUUAUCGAUGCCAACAUUGGUACAAAGUGCUUGUGAGAAUUUGAUACAAAGUAGAGCAUCGGCUGCGAUAAAUGGAAAUUUUGAUAUAAAAGCGGAUGAGAGUUAUACAUUUAUUAAUGCACAAAAUGCUGAACUUGUACUUCAUCGAUUUGAUCAAUUAAAUCAGUCAUGGAUUCGAUCAUCAACGAAUUCUGCUACAAUUAUGAGAGAAUCAGAUCUUCAUAUUUUUGUUCAAAAUAUGCAACCACCUUUGAUUGUAACACAACCUAAAGAAAAAUCAAAAAGACCUACAGUAACUGAUAUUUUUGAAGAAGUUUCGCCUGGAAAAUUGACAGAAACUGUACUCGAAGGACCAUAUGAUAAAAACAAAUUAAUAUUAAUGGAUGAUUUUGAUGAUUAUGAUUAUACACGAAAAAGAGGAUUGAGUUUCGAUUCGAUGGAUAGUAAUUCAACAAGUGAUUUGCAAGAACAAGAUGGAAGUAUUAAUUGGAAUCAAACUGAAUAUUUCAUUGAAAAAUUGGAAAAUGAUACAAAUGAGGAAAUUGUGAAAGAAUUUCAGACAUAUUCCACGCAGCAAUUUGUAUCAAACCUGAUUUAUUAUAUUUCUCCCCCAACCAAAAAAUAUUUGGAAAAACAACAUGUGAUUGUGACGAAAAGUUUGAUUCGUCUCAUUUUACGAAUUAUUCCGAGAUUCAGCGAUGGUUUGAGACAUGAUUAUUGCGCGAUUUUUCAUCGAUAUGUUCAAAGUUUUCGAACGGCUCUAGAAGAUUCGACGGUUUUUUCGCCCAGAAAUCUGACUUAUACAACAAAUAUGUAUCAUUUUGCGAUAGUUGGAAGUUUUACUAUUUCUUCGAUUGGACUUGGAAUUCUCAAUGAUGUUGGGAUUUUGCAUUUGUGA